AAGUCAACCUUCGCUUGGAGAGGAAGCCGCGGGAGCAACCAGAAACAUAGACCUGUCGAAUGAUGGCAUUAAAAAUAAAAGCAAUCUGUGUGCGAGCGAUGAUGCGAUUGAGUCUGUGUAUAAGAAGACACAGCCAUCAUUGUCUCCCCCACCUGAUUCACUUUUGAAACUUCUUCACUUGGACCUAAAAAUGGCGAACCAAUUAAUGGAAUUGCUUCCUAAAGAAUAUGGCUUUGUGGCUAUCGUCCUCGUCUUCUACUGCUUUCUCAAUUUCUACAUGGCAGCUCAAGUCGGCAACGCUCGCAGAAAGUAUAAUGUGUUUUAUCCGACCCUUUAUGCUUACGAAUCUGAAAACAAAGAUGCUAAGCUCUUCAACUGCAUACAGAGAGGGCACCAAAAUUCCCUGGAAACGAUGGCGAUUUUCUUCAUGCUAAUGAUUCUGGGUGGGCUGAAGCAUCCCUGCAUUUGUGCUGCACUCGGAGUUGUAUACAUCGUUGCCCGAUGUUUCUACUUUACUGGCUACUCCACCGGCAAACCGGCCAACCGGCUCAAGAUCGGGAAAUAUGGCAUAUUGGCACUUUUCGGUCUAAUGAUUUGCACAAUAUCAUUUGGGUGCGCCCUCCUUCACCGCCAGCCUGUUAACCCUUAAAUGUGAACUUAGAUUUUAAACUUGGUUUCUUUAGCAUGUUCUUGUACCCUCUCCUUUCUAUCUUUGACUUUGUUGUGCGUAGUCAUACAUACAAUGUGUAGUGACAAUUUAAUUUAAUUCCAAUGUACAGGGAAUAAGAUAUAGGGACUGAUAUUAGCGGUCACUGUGUCUGUAUUAAAACUAGUUGGAGUUUUAGUCCGGUGGAUUGCCUAUGCAUCAUUGUAUUUUAUGACCUAUUGAAAUGAUAAGGAAUGUAAUGUUGAUUA